AUGAUCAUGUUGAGAAUACCGACACGGUCUUAUUGUUCACCUUCGAAGCUAAUAAAGGGCGUAGGUCUCUCACCAUUGAAGAAAUCUCUGUUAUCCAAGAAAAUAAAGGAAGAUAUCCAUCCUUCUUUACCUGUUAGAACUAGGUUUGCGCCUUCUCCAACUGGGUUUUUACACUUGGGGUCACUGAGAACAGCCCUUUACAAUUACCUAUUAGCAAGAAACACCAAUGGGCAGUUUUUGCUUCGUUUAGAAGAUACAGACCAGAAGAGGCUAAUAGAGGGAGCAGAAGAAAACAUCUACGAGAUUCUGAAAUGGUGUAACAUAAACUACGAUGAAACCCCUAUAAAGCAAAGUGAAAGGAAACUAAUAUAUGACAAAUAUGUAAAAAUAUUACUAUCUUCUGGGAAGGCGUAUAGAUGUUUUUGUUCAAAGGAGCGAUUGAACGAUUUGAGACACUCUGCAAUGGAAUUGAAACCUCCUUCGAUGGCAAGCUAUGAUCGAUGUUGUGCACACUUAGGGGAGGAAGAAAUAAAAUCUAAGCUAGCGCAAGGUAUACCUUUCACUGUGCGGUUUAAAUCGCCAGAACGAUAUCCAACGUUUACUGAUCUUUUACAUGGACAAAUAAAUCUUCAACCGCAAGUAAACUUUAACGAUAAACGGUACGAUGACCUUAUCCUUGUUAAGUCGGAUAAGUUGCCAACCUAUCAUCUGGCAAAUGUUGUGGAUGACCAUUUGAUGGGAAUAACCCAUGUUAUAAGAGGUGAGGAAUGGCUGCCCUCUACUCCUAAACAUAUCGCCCUAUAUAAUGCAUUUGGGUGGGCUUGCCCAAAGUUCAUCCACAUUCCCUUAUUGACGACGGUUGGUGAUAAGAAAUUGAGUAAAAGAAAAGGUGAUAUGUCUAUCUCGGAUUUAAAAAGACAGGGAGUUUUGCCAGAAGCUUUGAUUAACUUUUGUGCGCUAUUUGGCUGGUCUCCUCCAAGAGAUCUGGCUUCGAAAAAGCAUGAGUGUUUUUCAAUGGAGGAAUUGGAAACCAUUUUUAAUUUGAAUGGUUUGACGAAGGGAAAUGCCAAAGUCGAUGAUAAAAAAUUGUGGUUCUUCAAUAAGCAUUUUUUGCAAAAAAGAAUACUUAAUCCUUCUACAUUGAGGGAGCUUGUCGACGACAUUAUGCCUUCUUUAGAGUCCAUAUAUAACACAUCUACCAUAAGCCGUGAGAAAGUAGCUAAAAUUUUACUGAACUGUGGUGGUUCUCUAUCAAGGAUUAACGAUUUUCAUGAUGAAUUUUAUUAUUUUUUUGAAAAGCCCAAAUAUAAUGAUAAUGAUGCUGUCACGAAAUUUCUAAGCAAGAACGAAAGCCGCCACAUUGCUCACUUAUUGAAGAAGCUUGGACAGUUUCAAGAGGGCACCGAUGCUCAAGAAGUCGAAUCUAUGGUCGAAACGAUGUAUUAUGAGAACGGUUUUUCUAGGAAAGUCACGUAUCAGGCAAUGAGAUUUGCUCUUGCGGGAUGUCACCCAGGUGCCAAAAUAGCAGCCAUGAUAGAUAUUUUGGGCAUCAAGGAAAGUAACAAAAGAUUAUCCGAAGGUUUACAGUUCUUGCAAAGAGAGAAAAAGUAA